UUGUCACUGCUUGUGCUUGGGUUCUCACAAAAAUGCAUUUGAGCGCGGCUUCACGAACUAAGAUAUUGUUCUGGGAUAAAACGCACGGAUGAUCUGCUAUGAUUCAUUCUCUUGCCGCAGCAAUGAGCAACCAACUCCAAAACACCUCUUCCUUGAACUCGGUAACCUGGAAUUUUCAAGACGGAAAGAACUCCUCGCCCGUUCGGACCUCCGAACUGCGGACGGUUGCGGUCAACCCCUGGGACAUUGCGCUGUGUGUAACGGGAACCCUCAUCUCCUGUGAAAAUGCAAUUGUGAUCGCCAUCAUUUUUUACACGCCCACCCUGAGAGCGCCGAUGUUCAUCCUUAUAGGAAGCCUCGCCUUCGCAGACCUGCUGGCGGGGCUCGGCCUAAUACUCAAUUUCAUUUUCACCUACAUGCUGAACACGGAAUUCGUGAGUUUGAUCUCAGCUGGACUGCUAAUCGCCGCUUUCUCUGCCUCCGUACUCAACAUCCUGGCGAUCACCGUGGACAGAUACCUCUCCCUUUACAACGCGUUGACCUACCAUACGGAGCGAACCGUGACUUUCACGUACGUCAUCCUGGUGCUCAUUUGGCUGGUCUGCAUUGCCCUGGGCUUGCUGCCAGUUCUCGGCUGGAACUGCCUACAAGACGAGUCCACCUGCAGCAUUUGUCGACCAGUGACUAAAAACAAUGCCGCCCUGCUGGCUGUAUCUUUCCUGCUCAUUUUUGCGCUCAUGAUGCAGCUUUACCUGCAGAUUUGCAAGAUAGCCUUCCGGCACGCGCAGCAGAUUGCGGUGCAGCACCAGUUCAUGGCAACCUCCCAUGCCUCCUCUACCACUAAAGGUGUCUCCACGCUUUCCUUCAUCCUCGGCACAUUUGCGCUGUGCUGGAUCCCCUUUGCGAUGUACUCCCUGGUGGCGGACUCCAGAUACCCCAUGAUUUACACGUAUGCCACCGUUCUACCGGCGACUUUCAGCUCAGUCAUCAAUCCCAUUAUUUAUGCCUUCAGAAAUCCCGACAUCCAGAAAUCUCUCUGGCUCGCGUGCUGUGGAUGUGUUCCCUCCAGCUUCUCCUUGCGGCCAAGGACGUCAAGUGACGUAUAGUUGCAUUUUUCCACUUUCAAAUAUGUUUAAUAUUUUUAAGGUACAUCCAUACCUGUGUUAUAGGUUAUACUUGCCCCGAGGGUAAAAUGCGAGUUGUGAAAGUGUGAUCUAUGCAUUGUCAUAAUGAGGUCCACAAAACUGCAGGGCAGUUUAUCUGUGUGUGUGCGCCCAAAUGGCUACCACUCCGUUCCCAGCUCACAGGGGAAGGUGAGGCAAGGGAAAUUUUAAAAUGCUAUGUAUUCCUGUUUAAGAGCGGAUGUGCAUUUGAUGACAGUACCCGAAUAGUUAUGGCCGCAGUAAUAAGCAGAAUCUGAUGGAGUGGGAAUACAAUCUUGUGACAGUUCUGCUGUGGUUUAAAUCGCAGCAGCGAGCUAAAUGUUGACCCAGCAGCAGACCACUGAAUUCAGUUAGACAUAUUCUAGAUUAUAGGAUCGAAAGACAGAAACUGACCACCCUAAAAUGUUUUACGUAAGCCGGAAACGAGUUAAAUAAACGAGUAGAAAUGAAUAUAAAGAAAUAGUUAACACGCAUUAGUGAUUUUGACGGCGCUGCGGGUAUUGAUAUAGCUGUUAAAAGAAAUGGGUUGCAUGCGUGAAUAAGUUUGAAAAGGGGGUCAUCUGUUUGAUUUAAGCAACCCCCCAGCAUAUAGUGUUUCAACAAUCAGUAUCCCUGCCAAGGACACAACUGCAAACGCCUGCUAUACAGUAUAUGCGCAUACAGUAUUCAUUCGAUUACAAGCUAUUGGGUUACGUACUAAUUCGGCUGGCGGUAGUUAACCGUAGUGAAGAGGCCUUUAAAUGUAAAAUAACAUAUUUUCGCUUUUAAGAUCAGUGACUCGUUGGAAACGUGCGUAUAAAAUACGUAAAGCAAGGAAAGAUGUAUUUGCAAAUGACCAUGCACACCACUUACGGAAAAUUCGUGCUUCAAUUGCAGCAGUGUAAAAGUUGUCAUCAAUAACGCCUGUGUUUACCUAUCCAUCUUAAUACUGCCUAUUCAUAUGCCAUAAAACAGUAAAAAUGUUACACACAGGAAAACAGGGUCUUUUUCGCAUUAAAUUCAUGUGAGGAGUGUCUUGUUCAUCCGCCUAGUCAUUUCAGUACCAUGGAUAGCGGAAAGUAAGACGAACCUGCUUCGAGUUCUCGCAGCUAGACGCGUCAUCCCGGCACUUACUGUAACUCUGCGUAAAUAAUACAUGAGAGAAGAAAACAAAUACUCUAUUUUGCACAAAUUAACACGCUUCCUGGGAAAAUCCUAACAGCAAAUGAGUGUAAGCCAAAGCUGUUUUCCCAGUGAACGCGUUCAGGCGGCAUCACGUUAUUCCAUGGUGACGUUUGGUUUAAGAGUAUGAAUCAUAACAGGCACAUAAUCUCACAGUACCUGUGUAAUUGUUUUAUAUGCGGCUGUGACUACGAAACUGAAUGCCAAUGUUUGAAGCGUAUUUAAAUAUUGUAACUGUGAAGUGUAUCAAGAAACUACCUUAAACGAUUGCAACAGAACUCUAGAAAAAGGAAUAUGUUUUCAAUACCGCAAUAACCUUAAAAUGUUCUAUUGGGACAGCUCCUGCUUUAAAACAACGAAUGACAGGAUAUUUUCCACAAGAUGUGCAUUUCUGAAAACCAAUAUAAUGCUUUUCGUCUUUAAUGCAAACUGUGAGAGGUCAAGUCGGUUGGCUAUGGCUGAAGACUCCGCGUCAAACUGCAACUUAAUUACUAAUUGAUUUUCAGUCAAUUUUGCUAAAUAUUUAAAGAGAAAUCGGGGGAGGGUAGCAUGGAGUAUAACAUGACCCUGCAGCAGAAUGUACCAGAAAUAUCUAAUUAGCCCACAGCCCCGCGGUUGUUUAUUUUCCCACUAGUUCUUUUUUUUCCAUUUCCCUCAGAUAACAUCAUGUUCGCCUUCAUCCAUGCUUUAAAGCCGGUAUCUUGGCACCGAAGUUGCUUAAAUACCAAGGUUAAUCAGAAUCAUCAUUUAGAUACAGAGCUAAAGGAGACGCCAACCGAGACGCUCUCAGCAUAUCAUGCAGUCCUUUCAUUCUGUCAGUAACUCUUUUAUGAAAGAGCCGCCUGUGGAGUGCUUCAGAGAUAUAACUAUAACACUUUACAGUCUCAAGCGUGUAUGGGACUGUAAAGGCGAGCCCAACAGUGACACUGGCAUCAGCACUGCACGGGAUAUCUCCAUUCAUUGUAUAUAUUUGCGAUAUUCUGCAAAAUUUGUCAAGUAUGCUGUUCUUCGUAGAACAAUCGAAUGUUGUAGUCACCAUUGAAGAUCUCCUCCCCAAAAUUCUGGAGUAAGUAUAUGAUAACCACCUAUAUGGGUUCCUUUGAAAUAUUUCCUGAACACAGUUAUUUCCAUCUUAGGUGAAUGAUUCUUUUCACAAUCAGUGACUUUGUCCAUCUGACUCACACUGAGUAGAAUUUUAGUCAGUCUGAUGCUGCUGUCAAGAUAAAAUGCAGCGGAGAUUGAAAAGAAAUAAGUGAUGGUUGACGUAGGUGGGUUGCAUAAAAGACAAAUAUAUGAUUUAGACAGCAAUUUGAACUUCACCUCAUCUUGUCCCAUUACAGAACAACCUUUUCGUAGCACACAGGUUGCAAAUUGUAUUACUUUUAACCUGUCAAAUUUUUAAGAUUAUUUAAUGCUGUUACCAAAAAAGUAAGAAAAACUAACAAAACUUGACAUCUCUGAAAAAUGGCGCACACAAGCUGAUGUAGUAGUUUUUAUACUUUUUAAACAUUUUAAAGUGGUCUUUUAUAUGGAUUUUUUUUUUUUUGGGGGGGG